GCGAAGGCGCGGGACAGUCCCGGAAAACAAACAACGUAAGGCAUUUUAACGUUUCGGAAAGUUCCGUACCUUGAAACAAAGAUAGCAAAUAUUCAUCGACAUAAACUCAACCAGCAAAGGAUGGCAGACGACUUCAACCAAUCCCUCACCCCGCCAGUCUCCCCUCUCGGCGAGGUCUGCGAGCUUUCCCCAGCCCGACCACCAUGCUUCUGCUGCUCUGACGUUAAGGAGGAUCCAACAGGAGCACUCUCAAAUGAAGGCUACACUGGUAGAGGUUCACUGAAAAGACUGCUGCUUUAUCUAGAUCCAGCCCCAACAGAUUAUGAGAGCGACACGGUGGAGCUGUUUGGUUUAACCUGUGUUACAUCUACAGCAUUGGUUGAAUCAACAAGGCUGCUCUUUGGCUUACUCAGGCAAAAUAUAUACAAGCUUGAGACAAUGGCACAAUUCAUCUCACAUGAUUUUGGUCAAAGAGGCAACCUUCACUCUGAGGCCUCUGAGCUCAGACAACAGUGUGUUUCAUUUCUUCAGUAUGUCAAAGUCUUCAUCCACAGAUACCUGAAGGUUCCCUGCAGUCUUGAUGAAAAUCCAACCCAUCCUUACGAGGAGUUGGAGGGUCAAAUUCCAUCUGUUCUAAUAGAGGAGUUAUUUGGCAUCAUUUUUCUCAUUGGACGUCUUAAAGACCUGCCUGCCAACACCCAGAAAGCUUUCACGAUUCUGAACUCUGGAAAGAUUUUUCCUCCCGUAUGGCAUUUGUUGCACCUUCACCUUGAUAUCCACUGGUCAGUCUUGGAGAUCCUCCACCUAUUUGGCCACAAGAUGCAAGGCCAGGUCGUGCAUGCACACCAGUUUGUGAACCUGACUGGAGAGAACUUGACUGAUACCAGUCUGUUUGAGGAGCACUUGUGCAGCCUCCUGUGUGACCUUACUACCCUGGCCAUGGGGAAGUAUAGCAAGGUGAGACCUUCAGAGGUUCUUAGCAGUCAUCAUUACCUCUGCUCCUGUACCAAAGAGCUGUGGAUCCUGGUCAUUCAUCUUUUGGAAUUUAGGAAUAAAAGGUUACACUCACAGUCUUUUUGGAGCUAUAUGAACUCAUUGUUAAGGCCUCUAGUGUCAGGAAAACCAGCAGCAGACCAGUUCACUGGCUUCCCUACAUACUGCAAGGACUCUCUUGGGUUCACAUGGUGGCUGCUGACUCAUUUAGCAAUGUUAGGCCAAUACAAUCAAACUGGUACAGUCUCGGAUGAGAAAUCCUUAGAUGACAAUUGGACAUUUGUGGAAGAGUUGCUUAAGUUGACUUGUAAGCCAAAGUCACAGGAAGAUCUUGGAGAGGAGAAAGUCAGGAUGCAUGUGCACUGCUGUCUCUCUCUGUGUCUCCUCUGGAACCCCAGUACGACUGCCGUCUCCACCCUCUGGGACUACUACAGCAAAAACCUGGGUGCCUCAUUCACUGUUCCAUGGCUUGGAGUGAGUGGCUUGGGAACUUUAUGCAAGACACCUCUGUCUCUGUUGGAGCAGGCACGCAACUGUUGUGUGCCUUCUCCCCUUGGCUCCUCAGGACACACCCAGUUGUACCUUUCAACGACUUCAUUCCACAUCUUCCUGCAAGUGCUGUCCCUGUGCCUUUCUCAGGACAGUGUUGGAGGAGUACCACAGAGACAGAUCAAAUCAAGGAUUUUCUCCAAGUUUUCUUUGAAGAAGAUGCAGGAUCUGUCGGAGGCCGGCCUCAUGAACUUCCUGCUACUAUUUCUGGUGAUUGCCAGGAAGGUUGAGCUGGAGGAUGUUGCCAGUAAAACCUGUGAGCUGCUCGGUUUCCUGCAAUCUGACUGUCCCCCAGGACACCGCACGCUGGUGUGGCGGGGACAACUGGCACUGGUGUUGUUAUUUCAGGAGAAGGGGUUGGAUGUUAGUCCUCUAGCUCGUGGGCUGGCCUCGUCCUUCAAUGACACUGCUAAGGAGUUCUACAAUAAAACUACAGAGAUGUCUCGUAAACUUGCCCUCUGGGGGCCUCUUGGAUCAUACCUGGAGGGGGUGGCUGAAGUGUUCGAAACAAGCACAAGGCUCAACCUAUCUGAGGAAAAACUCAUCAAUGAAGGCUUUGUUUGGUUGCUGCCAGCUUGCUGUCAGUCCGAACUAAACUCUGCACUUGGCUUUCUGCAGACUGUGCUCGCCCAGCUCAGACGGGUACAUCAACACUGUGUCCAGUCAGGACCCACCUUAACGUGGAUCACGACCAACAAUGCUGUGAAAGAGCCCCACCUAGCGGUAGCUGCUGCACUCUGGGCCCACUUCUUUCCCUUCCUUCGAGAUUUACGUCUCUCUCAGACCCCUCCAGACCAGUUUGCAGAUGCGGCUGCAGGCUUCACUCUUCUGGCCUUUGAGCUGCCCACUUCUGCACCACAGGACCUUCAACCCAAUCCACUUCAGUCCACCUUGCAAUGUUUCGGCUGGGAUGACAUGGUUGAUCCACUUGUUGUCACGCGGUACCUUGCACAUCUACUCCAAAACAGAGAGCUUGUGUCUUCACUCAGCAGCGAUCAUGGCAUUGUGUCUGGUUCGUCUCAAACUAUGUCGGUCAGGGCCUGGUUCCGAUGUGUUCUACAGCAACACCUUCACAAGAGUCCUGAUGGAUCUGAUACCAGAGCAGACCGAGAUUUGGAGGAGCAACUCUGUGAACUUACUCGCCUGGUGCUGGUGCUUCCUGAGGUUGAGAGUCUUCUGCAGAGAGCAAACCUCUGCCCAAAAGGCAUGACAAAGCCCAUCCCAGCCCUGGAGAUGUUUGUAAAGGCUGUAGGCAUAGUGUACAGCAGAUUGCAGGUUUUGUCUGAGCGUUCAGCCAUGGUGACCAGAGCGUUGGACUACAUGGGAGACAUCCUUAAAUAUAUAAAACCCUCUUUGGUCAGCAAGAAUCAGAAAGGAAUUCAGCUUGCAUAUUGGGUUGUUGGCUGCGUGGUGAAGCACUGGAGCCUCUUGCUGGUCACAUCCAAAGCACAGCAGUUGCUGUUCCGCAUUGUGGAUCGACUGCUCCUCCCCCACAACGUCACUCAGCAAGACAAAGCUCUCCGGGACAGCCUGCCACUCUAUCUACAGGGUCUGUCGGUGGCUAGCAGUGUGUCCCAGUCCCAAGGACUGUACCUGAAGCAGCAACUCCACGCUGUUAUCCGAAGAUAUCUUGAUCAUUUCCUAACUUCCUCACCUUCAUUGGGCACCAUUGCUAAUCAUCCUGUGCUACUGGGUGCAUGCGAGCCCACUCAAAUCGGCCCCGGCUCCUCGCUGAGAAGGGCCAUCUUGCAGGUGCUCUGCGAGAGCUUCCUGCAGUUCAAAGGUCAUUAUCCUAGAUCUCGCCUUCUGCCAGUACUCUUAUUCCUGUUUGAAGUUCUGAGACGCAACAAUGACUCCGACGCUGCCCUCCUCACUCUGCCGCUUCCUUCUCUACUGCGCUGUUUGAUGCUAGUCAAUGACCCCCAGGUGAGGAAGACGUGCACAGAUGCAGUGCAACUUGUGGUAGAGCGAUGUGCUACAGCAUCCACACAAGCACCAUGCGAGCAGAUGUUAUCUGUCUUAAGGUCCUUUGUGGCAGAGAAUGAGGGAGUCUACGACAGGCAGGUUUACACUGUUCUGGAGACUGUGGCUGUUUUAGAUCCUCUUCUCGUUCAAGCCCUUAUUCCCAGUCUGUCUCUCAAACUGAGAAACAAUGAACACAAGAGAGGACUGGGCAAGAAUGCCACCCUAAGAUGUGCAUACACAAAAUUGCUUUGUCUUCUCGGAGACAGUGGGCAGGCAGAAAUAUCAAGUUUGGAAGCAGACUGAAGUUUCCAGACCCCAAAUCUGCUCCAAGCCUCUUUUUUCUGUUAGAAUUCUGUGUUGCCAAUUUUAUAGGACAAAUUAAAUAAAAAAAAAUGUUCCACACAAAUGCAUUUUGUUGGUUAAACACUAAAAUGGAGUUUGUGAUGAACUAACAUUUUGGAUGGGAGUCACUUGGCAACAUAAUAUUGUUCCAUUUGAAAUAUUGACAUUUUGGCCACAAAAGAAAUGCAAAAUCCAAUACAUUAGCUCUAUCCCUCCCAAAAAUCUAUGUUUUGAUUGCUAAUAUCAAUGAAGUAUAUUAAAAGAUAUUGUGGAUGUAAUUUGCAAUUGUGAGGAACUGCAGUGUUGAGAUCAGUUUCUCAGAUUUUGGCAGUCUCAGUCGCUGCAUUACUAAAAUCUCCGUGAUCAAUACUGGGUGUUAAUCCCUGUUGGAUCUACAUGUAAUCAUGCCAUGUAAAAUCAAUGAGGAGGUUGUAUUAUGUUGUAUAUAUUGUUGAGAAUUUGUUGACUUGAAUUUGUACAAAUAUAUCUAUUGCAAUUAAAUUUGAAAUUCAUUUCA